CCAGAACUGAGCCUCUACUUUAGUCAAUCUUCUCUGGUUAUUUCCGCACGUUUUCAUAAAGAUAUAAGCAGUUGGCUCUUUUCUUUACACCACUUUAUUUUAAUAUAGUUUAUUACCACUAACCUCUCAUAUUUAUCGAUUAUUUUAAAACUACUCGUUUUGUAUGUGUUACUGAUUAUUCCAGUUUUGUUCUUUUCCAACCUUCAAUGAUGGAAUUAAUCCGUUUCAUGUGUUAUUUACAUUAUCUUUGUACAUUUAAAUACGUGUUGACUGGCUUGGUUGAUGCUUGUUCACGACAACAUGUUUCAUGAUGGCGUCCACAAACACGCUCGAUGGAUUUUCUGUUUUCAAAAUAGAAAUACGAAAGAAGAGAGUACAGACAAAUGAAGAUGAAACGUACAAAAAUUGAAAUGAUCAAUGCAACCGUCGAGUCGUACUUGAAACGUCGUCGUUAUCAGGACAACGGGCUAUUUCGUAGAACUGAUAGAACUGACUGUAGAAGCAGUGAAGAAAUGACUCUAUCAGCUAAAGCAGAGAGUGCUGUUUCUCGUGACAACGCUAUAGUAUUCAGUGCUAUAAUUAAUGAUAUUGUAACUGCUGAUCAAGCUUAUCAAAGAUUGAAAGCAUGGGUAUACUCUGUAAAGGCAGAAAAAAUUAAACAUGAGCUCAACGGUCUCUUGUACCCCGUUUUUUGUCAUUUAUACCUCGAAAUACUUCACGCGGGCAAUCCACAAGCUGCUCUUCAAUUCAUGAAGAAUCAUCAGAACGAAUUUGUCCUGGAUACCGAGAGAGAUUUUCUCGAAGAACUGUCAAGUGUAUUUACAAUACAGGAUAUUGAAUUACGGCCACUUGUUAAUGCAUUUAGAAUGAGAAAAUAUAAAGUUGAUAUGUCUGAUGAAGCACAUAUUUGCCUACAAAAAUAUCUUACUAAACACGGACAUAUUAUUAUAAUGCAGAUAAUAAAUAUACACAUAACUAUUAUACGAAAAAUAAUAGAUAUGACUGUAAUUGACGAAGACACUGUUGAUCGCACUCCGGGACAUGACAGUGGUAUUAAUGGUCAUGUAGAGCAAGCAUCAGGCACUGGAGUUGACCGAGAAAUGCGUGAGCUCCAGGAAUCCAUUCGAUUAAUAAGAAAUAAUAAUAUUUGUCAACCUCUGAGAAUAUUUACCGUUAAUAAUGCAAUAGAGAAUGGUAGUUGCGCUAGAAUGACACCGAACAUGGAUAAAUUGGUGGCUGGUUUUAACACAGCAGAAAUAAGACUUUGGGGUGUUGGGGAUACGGUGCUAAUGCGCCCAAGGCAUACAAAAUCGCCUACUAUGCUGGAUUGUGACUCUGUGUCGACUAUUCUACCAUUUGAAAAUCAUCAUCAACAUCAGAUAGAGGAAGCAGGUGCAAUUAUUCUGAGAGGACACACUGACGUUAUUCAUGACGUUAAAUUUGUCGCUCAAUCAACUGUAUUGCUUUCCGCUUCCAGUGACAAAGAUAUGAGAGCUUGGAGCCUCAACGAUUACUCUUGUGCUUCUAUUUACAGUGGGCACAAUUAUCCAAUAUGGUGUAUGGAUACGAGUGCUUUUGAUUUAUACAUAGCAACAGGCUCUCACGAUCGAACUGCUAAACUGUGGAGUCUGGAUAGAAAAUUUCCACUAAGAGUUUUUGCUGGGCAUUUUCUAGAUGUCAACUGCAUAAAAUUCCAUCCCAAUACGAGAUAUUUAGCCACGGGCUCUGCUGAUAAAUCUGUCAGACUCUGGAACAAGGACGAUGGAAAUUUAUUGAGGGUAUUUGUUGGUGCCCAAUCGACAAUUUACAGUCUGGCCUUCAGCCCCGAUGGAAAAUAUUUAGCGGCUGCUGGUGAUGAUAAGUCAAUAGCCAUAUGGGACCUAGCAACAAAUGCCAUAUUGACUGAACUCAAAGGCCAUCAAGAGACAAUCAUGAACUUAGACUGGAGUCCAGAUGGUCAGUACAUAGCAAGUGGUAGUGCAGAUGGUAUUGUACGUCUCUGGCCAUCAAACGAAUACAUAAAUACUGGCAUUAAUCCUUCAACAAACACAGCAGGCAAUGACAUGUCUCAGAUAUACUCAACAAAUUGCUCAAAUAUCCUGUCACUUCAGUACUACCACCGAAAAAAUAAUUCACUUGUUUGCAUCGGAGUUGUUUAAAAUCUGUAUGGAAUCUCUCUGUCUGUAUAAAAUAAAACAUUACAAUUUAACG